AUGCCAUCCGCGCCACCAGCAGAGCAGUCGCUCGAGCGACUCCCGACCCGCACACUCCUCGAGGGCCACCUCGGGCACCUCACGACACAGCAGCAAGCGGUACUCGACAAAUUCAAGCAGCGGCUAGAAGAGAGGGGCUACUAUAGACCGGCGCGGGACGGGAAGAAACCGUCACACGAGGAGAACACCCUCGUACGCUUCCUGCGGGCCAGGAAGUUCGAUGUCAAUGGCGCGUAUGAGCAGUUCACGGCGGCGGAAGACUGGAGGAAAGGGCAACGGGUAGACGAGCUAUACGACACAUUCCCGCUAGACGAGUUCGAGAUGGCCCGAGAGCUUUAUCCGCAAUGGACCGGCCGACGCGACAAACAAGGACUCCCACUCUACGUCUUCGAAGUCGGCGCCUUGACCCGCCAAAAGACCGAUUCCUACGCCAAGGCCUCCUCGCGCCUCGAACCGCGCAUGUUCGCCCUCUACGAACACAUGCUGUCGUUCGUCCUGCCACUCGCAUCCGACACGCCUCAUCCGCAUCCCGAGACGCCCAUAAGCGGGAGUUCGACGAUUGUCGACGUGUCGAAUGUCUCGUUGAGGAGGUUUUGGAACUUGAGGGAACACAUGCAGCGCGCGUCGGUGUUGGCGACGGCCAGAUACCCCGAGACGCUGGGGUCGAUCUACCUAGUCGGCGCACCCAACUUUUUCGGCGUCGUCUGGUUCGACCCGAACACGGUCAGCAAAAUCCACAUCCUCUCUUCCUCUUCCCUCACCUCGACUCUCGCGCAACACAUCUCCCUCUCGUCUAUCCCUGUCAAGUACGGUGGACAACUCGAGUGGGCGUUUGGCGACAAGGGACCGAGGUUGGAUGAGCAGACGCGCGCGGUUAUGAGGUUGGAGGAGGGGGAGGAGUGUCCCCGCGGACCGGUUAGGUGGGAGGAUGGGAGGGUGAGAGUUGUGGGUGGAGAGGGAAGGAGCGAGGAGGAGAGGAGGAGGUGGGCGGAUCGGGCGGAGGAGGGGGAGAAGGGCGAGGCGAUGGGGGUGAAUGGGGUGGUGAACGGCGAGGCAGAAGGAAAAGGUGAGGAGAAGGAGGAGGAGGAGCGGGAAGGGCGCGAGGAGAAGCAAGAAGUCGCCUCGGCUACCUCGACCGCUCCGACCGCCUCGAACGGCACGACUUCCCCACCCUACUUCGACGCACCCUCCCCUUCCGCCCCCGCAGCCGCCUCGUCUACACCCGUCACCGCCAAAGUCGACGUCCCCACCGCUUCACAAUCCGACGCCCUCCCUCCUCCUCUUACGAGUUCGACUCUUCCCCCUUCUUUAUUCGCGCCCACACCCAUCGAGAACGGCGCGCACAAGGAGGAGAAAGAGGCGCACGACAUCCAUGUUGCAGCGAGGGAGAACCCAGCUGCGCCGGUCAAGGAGCUGGCGAGCGUGUUGGAGGGGACGACGUUGUGA